AUGUUUAUGCAGAUAACUUUGGAGCAUACGACCAAGCUGCACCCACGAUACUUUAGCAAGGAGCUAACGGGCCAGCUCAUCGCGCAGUUUCAUUUCGAGGUGGAAGGCAGUUGUGCUCCGCGUAUUGGUUGCAUUAUCUGUGUGAAGCAGAUCCUUAGCAUCGGUUCCGGUGUCAUACAACGCCUUGAAGGUUAUGCCAGGCACCGAAUUAGAUAUGAAGCCAUCGUUUAUCGACCCAUACGCGGCGAAGUCAUAGACGUGAAGGUGACGUACAUCACUAGGUUGGGCAUUUUUGCGCAAGCCGGUGUAAUGGCUUGCUUCAUUUCACAAUAUUCCAUACCCUUGCACUAUGAGUUCUGUGGAUCCGCCAUGCCCCCGUGCAUGAAAUCCAAGAGCGAUUCAUCUGGCAUCCUUCCGAAUGACAAACUGCGUGUUAGAAUUCUGGGCACACGCACCAAUACAAAAUCAAUUUUCGCCACGGCUACACUGCUGGAGGACUUUUUGGGUCUUUUACGCAAUUAACGUACCAGGAGCUAUACAUUCAGGUGGCCAUUUUGUAAUAAAACAGCAGCCAACCAUCACUCAGCGAACCAAACAAGCCGCGAACUUCUGACGCACACACACACACACACACACAAACACACACACUUACAACCACAUAGAGGGAAGUGCACUUUAAUUAACUCAAAAAGGCUUCCCAGUCAUCCAACCAGUCAUCAUAUUAUUUACUACCCACAUGCACUGCUGGCAACAACAAAACAAAGCGGACCGCUCCCUCGAUCCACCAUCCCCGCUCCAAUCCACACACCAUUCUCAGCUUCCCAGCAGACAGCGCUAAUUAAUUAUGCGCUAGCUGUUGUUUU